AUGACGUCAAAAAGGGAAAGGGCAACUGUUAAUAGGGUAGAGGAGGAAGGGCUUGAUUUUGAAUCGAAAAGGCUAAGGGCUGAUAAGGACUCUUCCCCCUCUCCUCCUCCUGCCUCCAUUGCAAAUCCUCUUUCUGGGUUGGCUAAUAACUAUGCUGACAUCGAUGAGGAGGAACAUUAUUAUCAGAGGGAAAAGGGUGCUGUUAGUGAAAAUAAGAAUGGUGUGUCUCAGCAGAAUGGCCACAAAUAUGAAGGGGAUGAUUAUAGUGAUGAAGAAGAAGAUUCACAGGAACAACUAUUUGGUGGAAGAAGUCGCCAGGUGGAGGUUCGGAAGGACUGUCCUUAUCUGGACACUGUAAAUAGACAGGUUUUGGAUUUUGACUUUGAGAAGUUCUGUUCCGUCUCUUUGUCCAAUUUAAAUGUCUAUGCAUGUUUGGUUUGUGGUAAGUAUUACCAAGGGAGAGGGAAAAAAUCUCAUGCCUAUACGCAUAGUCUGGAAGCCGGACACCAUGUUUAUAUCAAUCUCCAGACUGAAAAAGUAUACUGUCUUCCCGAUGGCUAUGAAAUUAAUGAUCCCUCACUAGACGACAUUCGGCAUGUCCUCAACCCAAGGUUUACUGCAAAAGAUGUUGAACAACUUGACAAAAAUAAGCAGUGGUCCAGGGCACUUGAUGGUUCUAGUUACCUUCCGGGAAUGGUUGGACUUAAUAAUAUUAAGGAGACUGAUUUUGUGAAUGUAACAAUUCAAUCCUUAAUGAGAAUUACCCCGUUGAGGAAUUUUUUUCUUAUCCCUGAAAACUAUCAACACUGCAAAUCUCCACUUGUUCAUCGGUUUGGUGAACUCACAAGGAAGAUCUGGCAUGCACGAAACUUUAAAGGACAGGUCAGUCCCCAUGAAUUUCUUCAAGCAGUGAUGAAAGCUAGUAAAAAACGAUUUCGAAUUGGUGCGCAGUCUGACCCAGUUGAGUUUGUAUCAUGGCUUCUUAAUACGCUGCAUGCUGAUCUUAAAACUUCAAAAAAGAAUACGAGCAUAAUUUACGAGUGUUUUCAGGGUGAACUUGAGGUUGUUAAAGAGAUUCCUAACAUUGAAAAUGCACCCUUCAGAGAAACUUUGAGAAUGCCAUUCCUAAUGUUAGGGUUAGACUUGCCGCCGCCUCCUCUUUUCAAGGAUGUGAUGGAGAAAAAUAUAAUACCCCAGGUUCCACUCUUCAACAUACUAAAGAAGUUUGACGGUGAGACUAUCACUGAGGUGGUCCGUCCUCAUAUAGCAAGGAUGCAAUAUCGUGUUACCAGACUGCCUAAGUAUAUGAUUCUUCACAUGCGGCGAUUUACAAAGAACAAUUUUUUUGUGGAAAAGAAUCCUACUUUAGUCAACUUUCCUGUGAAGAAUUUGGAGUUGAAGGAUUACAUUCCCUUGCCAACACCAAGAGAAAAUGAGAAAUUGCGCACUAAAUAUGAUUUGAUUGCAAAUAUUGUUCAUGAUGGCAAACCAGGUGAAGGAUCCUAUAGGGCGUUUGUGCAACGAAAAUCAGAAGAACUAUGGUAUGAGAUGCAGGAUUUGCAUGUGUCAGAAACACUCCCUCAUUUGGUCGCGCUUUCAGAAACUUACAUGCAAAUAUACGAGCAGCAGCAGUGA